GUUUACUUUGAUUGCCAUCUGUUGUGAAUAUUUUAAUCUUAUCUUUUGAUUAAACCGAACAUUUGUUGAAAACAAAGGAGUAAAUAAAGUAUAAAUUCAACUUUUCAGAUUCAGUUUUCUUUAACUUUAUUGUGCACAAAAGGACUGUUGAGGUUUGAAAGAGUAAUCGUUCAAAUUUUUCAAGCCUUCCAAGAACCUGUAUUUACAGCAUAUAUCUUAAAUCAUGAAAUUCUUCACAGUUUUAGCGCUGGUCUUUUGUUGUUUUUAUGGAGAGAUUAGUGGAAUGCCUACCUACCUUGGAAAUUGCGAUACCGAUGCCGACUGUACAAAUUCAAGCGUGUGUAUGUUACCAGGAUUCGGCAAGGCCUCCGCAAAAGCUCAAAAUAAAUGCUACUUUUGUGAAUGCAUGCUAAGGAAUCAAUGUAAGAUGGUGGACAAAAACAUGACUUGUAACUGUACGGGAUCCGGUUAUACAGGAUUAUAUUGUGAAACCCGUUUAACGCCAUGUAUCCAGUCAGAUCCGUGUGUUUUCCAAGGUGCUAGAGAAACUAACAACCUUACUGCAACCGCCACAGCUCAGAUUUUAACAUCUCCUGGGUUUCCUACGUUUUAUUGUCGUGAUAUGAUACUCUACUGGAGAAUAUAUGCCCCUGCUGACAAAAGAAUUAGAAUUACCGUUACUUACUUUGCGACUGAGUCUUUUGAUGUGUUAGCAAUAUUUGAAGGUGUGCGCAUGAAUGUUACACGGUUCUUUCCAUCUGAUGACAAUCCUAUAGUAGCCAUUUCGAGAAAUGCAGAUCCGUAUUUAGAAUGCAUUGGCUCCAUUCCUUGGUUGUCUUAUUCUGCUGCCACCGCAGAUCUUAUCAGCGAGCCGUUCGAGUCCAGUUCAAAUAUAGUAACGAUCUACUUCUCAUCGGAUGAUUUUAUUGAUCAGGGCCCCGGGUGGAGUUUGAACUACAUGUACAUUGAUUAAAAAGGAACUUCAAUUGGUUGACAAAAACUGUUCACAUUUCAGAAAAGCAUAGAUAUAAUGUCAAUAGGAAUGUAACAAUUCGACAAUAACAAGAACCAAUAAAAGAGCAUCUG